AAUGUGACCUCUUUUGCCACAUUCGUAGCACUUUGGGGGUCUCCCCUCCAACAUUAUGUCCAGUUUGUCCUCGUUAGGCAGUUCCAGUGUCUCCGGUAUGUCACUAUAAACUUUCUGACUUGCUAUAAAAAGCACAUUCAAUCCAUACCCCCAACAAUUUAUUUGUUGGGUUCUGCUUAUCAUAAUUAUCCUUACAUCUUCUCCUUCUCUUUCAGGAAAAACUGCUGCCAUUACCCAUUCCAACUCUAUUUUCGGUGGGAUCCUACCCACUCUAAUCCACGUUGGACGUCUACCCAACUUAUUAGGAAAGAGCAUCCAAUUUCCAUUGGUUAUUGUUUUAUUGGCGUAUUUCUUUGCUGCCUCCUCCAAUACAAAUGUUACUUCUACUGACACGUAUGUGUUGCCUCUUGUAAAAAAACGACACAUCUUCUUGCAAUUCCUUCAAACGCUCCUCCACCUCCUCCUUCGUUGCACCCUCUAUUCUUUUAUUUUUCCUUGAAAAGGAUUUAUAUUCCACGACUCCAAUUUCCAUUUUCGUCUUUUCCUCUUCUGAUGGGGUCAACUUUACGUUUGGCCCCUCCUUCUUUAUCAUUUCUUUAUAUUUUUCAAUUUUCUCAGCCAUGUCUUCAUUCCAAUGUAUUUCAUAUUGCUUCAGCAGGCCUGGGACGACGGAGGCUCGACUCCCCGUCGCUGCUGCAUACGUCUGCAUUUUCUCCAUCUCAGCUACGCCCACCAAAAAAUAGUGGCGUUAUACUAAAAUAAUCGCAGUGAGUAAUAACACGUCCGGCGUGCUAACGUUUCUGCCAAGCUCGCCGCCUGGCUGGCUCUUGUCACACCGUCCCACCCAUGCCAGCAUGAAAGACGGACGUUAGACAAUAACGAGGACGAGAGUAGUAUUAUACUCUCUCCAUUAGUUAUCGCUGAUUUAGUGUAUAGUCAUGCAUGUGCCGUGAGAGAGUUUAUUGUUGAUGUCGGGAAAUAAAAAUGCAUAGAUAUAUCCGGGUGAAUUUAUGAGAGUUCAGUGUAUUUAAUACAAAUCGGAAGAAAUGGUGUGUUUAAUACAAAUCAAAAGAAAUUAAGUGUACUCAUGUGUUUAGUUUUAAAACUAAUCUUGAGAUUAGUUGAGAAUUUUUGUAGACACUGCUGGUUUAUAUUUGUUGAUCCAGGUGGUAUAUAAGCUUACAUGAAUUUCCACCGAGUGAGCUCUGUCUUCCAAUAAGAGACACAAUGAUGGACCCACUUUACAAAACCCCAGGUUUAGGAGAUUUUUCAAGUAGAAGAUUCAAAUUUUGAACACGAUGCAAAAGUUUCUACCACCAUGACAAAUCUUUCUGUGCGUUACUGAGAAAUUUAUAGAACGAAAAAAGCUUCUUCUAAGCAAACAAGUCUACACUUGUUUUUUGAAGCAACCAUAAAUAUGAUUUUACUUUUAUUUUUCGUCAUCUAAUUAUAUUAUCCAUUCUGAGUCGCUCGUAAUGCGCAUUAGAAUAUAGGGUUAAUGUUUACAAUAUUACCCGGCAACGAAAAUAAGGGAUUUAUGGCACAUUAGGCAUCCAUAAUCGUAAACAUUAACCUUAAAUAGUUCUUAACCUCACCUUCUCCUUCAUCGCACGAUUUCUUUUAUUUGCUUUUGCUGUCGAAGGAAGAUAACUUCAUUUCGCAAACCGAAAUACUUCGCUUGGAAGUAUUUCGUUCCGGGACUUUUUUUUCACACCCUUGACUGAAAUAAACUGUUUUUGUACCUCCAUUAGUAGAGAAGCAUUAUGUGUCAAUGCAGUAUCUCUCAGGUAUCGACAAUGUAAGCGCAAAACCAAUUGUAACCAGUCAUAAUCAAUGAUUGCUACUAUUUAACUAACAGAUUGCCCAAUACGUUCAUCAAGACAAUAUCACAUGACAUUGGCAUCAAAGCAUUGUUUCCAUCAGAUAACAUCUUCAAUAUUCAUCACCUUUUAUAAAGACUGACAGAAAAAGUUGUACAGAACAAAUUCCAAAGAAUUCCAGUGAAAUAUUUCUUCUCAACUGAGAUUGAUAGCAACAUUUCUCUUGUGAAAUGUUUGAAAUGUCUACAAGAUUCUUUUGUAAUGAAGUUGAACUUGGAUAAUUUUAAAAUGUAUCUGAGAAUAUUUUCAGACAUUAAGAAGGAUUACUGUUGAUGGAAAGAGAGCAAUAGCAGUAUUUAUUAGGAAUAAUCUGUAGGACAAGAACAAAAACUGUAUCCACAUAUGUUGUCGUGAUUGAAGUAAGAUAAUGGAUAAAUUGAUUAUUUAAGAUAGUUGAAGAAUAUAUUCUUAUUCUGAAGAGAUGUCACAAGACAAACCACAAUCAACAUAUCAGUGUGAUAUCUGUAAAAAGACUUUCACUCAUAAAUGUCAUGUACCUAUUCACAGGCGUAUUCACACAGGAGAGAAGCCAUUUCAAUGUGAUAUUUGUGGCAAAUCAUUCUCUCAGGUACCUGCCUUAACUGUACACAAGCGUACUCAUACAGGAGAGAAGCCAUUUCACUGUGUUACCUGUGGUAAAUCAUUCUCAUCCAGUGGUGGCUUAACUGUACACAAACGUAUUCAUACAGGGGAGAAGCCAUUUCACUGUGAUAUUUGUGGUAAAUCAUUCUCUCAGGGAACUGCCUUAACUAUACACAAACGUAGUCAUACAGGAGAAAAGCCAUUUCAGUGUGAUAUUUGUGGUAAAUCCUUCACUCAGGGAACUGCUUUAAUUGUACACAAACGUGGGCAUACAGGGGAGAAGCUAUUUCACUGUGAUAUUUGUGGUAAAUCUUUUACUCUGGGAACUGCCUUAACAGUACACAAACGUAUUCAUACAGGGGAGAAGCCAUUUUGCUGUGAUAUCUGUGGCAAAUCAUUCUCUCAGUUAUCUGGCUUAACUAUACACAAACGUAUUCAUACUGGGGAGAAGCCAUUUCAAUGUGAUAUUUGUGGCAAAUCAUUCUCUCAGGUAGCUUUGGUAACAGUACACAAGUGUAUUCAUACAGGGGAGAAGCCAUUUCGCUGUGGUAUUUGUGGGAAAUCAUUCUCUAAUAAGUAUAGCUUAACUAAACAUAUGUCUGUUCAUACAAAAGUCAAGGCAUUAACUAAAAGAAUUAAGGGUAUGACUGAUCUUGAUAAUUGGGACCACCUUAAAGAAUCGACAGUCUAUUCCUUCCAGUGUCGCCAUGAUACAGCAUUUGCACAAAGUGGAGAAUAUACCAUCAGCAUUGUUCCAAACGAUCUUAGAAUGAGAUUCAGAAUUCAUCCAAGAAUAUAUUUUUAUGCAGAAGAGAUGUCAAAACAGAAACCUUGCUUAGCAUAUCAUUGCAAUGUCUGUAAAAAGUCUUUCAAUCAGAAAUGUAAUCUAACUACUCACAGGCGUAUUCAUACAGGGGAGAAGCCAUUUCGUUGUGAUAUCUGUGGUAAUUCAUUCUCUGAUGGAAGUGUCUUAACUACACACAAACGUAUUCAUACAGGAGAGAAACCAUUUCGCUGUGAUAUCUGUGGUAAAUCAUUCUCUGCAAAUAGUAACUUAACUACUCACAAACGUUGUCAUACUGGUGAAAGGCCAUUUCACUGUGAUAUCUGUGGUAAUUCAUUCUCUUACAGAACUGUCUUAAUUAUUCAUAAACGUAUACAUACAGGGGAAAAGCCAUUUCACUGUGAUAUUUGUGGUAGGUCAUUCUCUCAAAGUAGCCACAUAACUAAGCACAAACAAAGUCAUACAGGAGAGAAGCAUUUUCACUGUGAUAUCUGUGGUAAAUCAUUCUCUUACAAUAAUGAUUUAAAUAGACACAAACGUAUUCACACUGGAGAAAAACCAUGUCACUGUGCCAUUUGUGGUAAAUCUUUCUCUGGAAGCAGUAACUUAAUUGCACAUAAAGUGACUCACACAGGAGAGAAGCCAUUUCGCUGUGAUGUCUGCGGUAAAUCAUUUUCUCAAAGAAAUAAUUUAACUGACCACAAACGUAUUCACACAGGUGAGAAGCCGUUUCACUGUGAUACCUGUGGUAAAUCAUUCUCUCGAAGUAGUGUUUUAACUGAUCAUAAGCGUAUUCAUACUGGAGAAAAGCCAUUUCACUGUGAUUUCUGUGACAGAUCAUUCUCUCAAAGAAGUCACUUAACUAGACAUGUAUCUAUCCAUACAAAAGUGUGACUAUAUCAUCAUUAAAAGUCAUCACACCUCAAAACAAAGACUAACAUUUUAAGGUCCCUUCACCUGUUAAAGUAGCAUUUUAACUAAUCACUGACACAUAGCAAGAGCAAAACCAUUUUAUCAUCAUCGUCAUUGUUUAACGUCCGCUUUCCCCAGCUGGCAUGGGUUGGACGAUUUGACUGAGGACUGGUGAAACCAGAUGCCUACGCCAUGGCUCCAAUCUGAUUUGGCAGAGUUUCUACAGCUGGAUGCCCUUCCUAAUGCCAACCACUCCGAGAGUGUAGUGGGUGCUUUUAUGUGCCACCGGCACGAAGGCCGGUGAGGCGGUACUGGCAACGGCCAUGCUCAAAAUGGUGUAUUUUAUGUGCCACCUGCACAGGAGCCAGUCUGGCAGCACUGGCAACGACCUUGCUCGCAUGUCUUUUCACGUGCCAGGAAGGCAACGCUGGUAACAAUUACGCUCAUAUGGUGCUAUUUACGUGCCACUGGCGCGGAAGAUGUCUCUGAUAAAUCAUUCUCUAGAAGAGAACAUGGGCUGCAAGCAGCUUCUGCUGAAAGUUCAGCCUCCAUUUGAUGAAUAGUCAAAGGGAGGGGAUCCUGUCAAUAGUUAACUUCUUUGGUGUGAACUCUAACUGCUCCGGCCACUGAACGGCAAGCAAAUGAUUUCACUCUCUAUUUAGAAUAACCCUGGCAAAGACUUUCCCAGGUACAGAUACAAGAGUGCAACAGCUUUGUAGAUGUUGCAGUCAUGGCAGUUACCUUUACCUGUCUAGCAUUACGGCCCUCUGUCAGUCAGGUGGUAUCAUGCCACUGCUCUAAACGGAGCAGAUGGUAUUCCACAUGAACGAGAUUGCAGUAGGCCCAUCUUUCUUGAUCUUUUCUCCUUUGGGUGCUUCAGACUUCAUCUCCCUUCCUGUCCCUCAGCUGAUUUACAAAUGUAUGAAUCUCGUCUAUGGACAGCGGAUCAGAGGUGGCUGACAGAUCAGUCACCACUGCUGCUGGUAUCGCAAUAUUCAGAACUAUACUAGAUGGGUCCACAUUAUACAACUUCUCAAAUUAUGAUGUCUAGUAAGCCCUAACAUUGGGCCCUUCUGCCAGGAUUGCUCCAUCAGGGUUUUAGACUCCAGAAUACUGAGGAGAAGGCUUUGCCCUCACCUAAGCAUAACAAUCCCUCUGUAAGAUGUACAUGAUUCAAAAAUGUAAGCUGAACUCCCAUCCUCAUACAUUUCUUGUAUCUGCUUUUCUUUAUCACACCUCUGUGCUUUGACUAUGAAGGAAAUCGGCAGCAGCUGCACACAGUCUAGCUCUGCAGCUGCACUCCACCAAUGCAAGGGUUUCACUGGUAAUACAAACCCUAGGAGUCAACAGUAGGGUAUCUCUCUAUGUUUUCAAGUGCCAGGUAACACUGACCCAAGCUGUUGUGAAUAAGUCCUGGUUACACUGUUGUCUUUUUGUCUGUCGACAUCCAAUCUGGGACUGUCUGCCUUCAGCUUCUUAGACUGCUGUCUCAACAUGACAACAAGAAGCCCAAGAUGGUCCUAGAACCUGCUAGAAAUAGCAAUCAUGUAUUUCUUAAACUACACCAUAACAUCUAAAUUACACGAAAAUUACAUCCUUUGAAAAUAAUGUGAAAUUUUAUCUCAAUAAAUUGUUUUAC